AAAUCCCUAGCAAAAUUUAUUAUUUUCAACAAUAUUAAACUGUAAUAUAAUUUAUUUCUAUCAUUCCUUUACCUACCUUAUGUUAUAAUAAUAUCCUUCAUCUUAUCCUUAUACCCUUCUAAUCCUUAUUAUUCCAAAUUCCCGUUAACCUUAAACUUUAUCCCUUUCCUGACGUUUCCCUAACUUUACUCAAAAAAUAAUGUCAUUGGCUAAAUGCACAAGCCGUGCGAAGCCAAAAAAAAAAAAAAAAAAAAAAAAAAAAAAGUUUCAGAUUAUAGAUUUUUUUUUAUUAUGAAACCUGAUUUUAAUGCUAUGUGUAUUGAUUUUUGUUGUGAGAGAUACGUUUGACUUGUUGUAUGAGAGUGAAUAGUACUUUUUAUUAGAAAUAAAAUUUAUCAAAAUGAAUAAAGAAAAGAAAGAACCAGAUUAUCCUGUUGAAUUAGAAUCUCAGUUUAUAAUGAGAUUACCCGAAGAACCAGCAAAAGCUUUAAGGAGCGUUCUGAAUACUGGAGAAAAUUUGAAAAAUAGACUUACAAUACAAAUGGAGAAUGAUAUGCGACAAGGAGAAAUUCGUUUUGAUCACUGGCUAUUACAUGCCAAAAUCGUUGAUUUGCCUACUAUCGUGGAAUCUCAUAAAACGAUUGAUCGAAAAAGUGUUUAUAAAACUGCCGACAUCUGCCAGAUAAUGAUAUGUAAAGAUGAAAUAGAUCCCACUACAACUGAAGAAGAGUCGCCUACAAAAAAUAAGAAGAAAGAUCCCUAUAAGGUAGAUAAAAAAUUUCUUUGGCCCCAUGGAAUAACUCCACCUACUAAAAAUAUCAGAAAAAGGCGUUUUAGAAAAACAUUGAAGAAAAAAAAUGUUGAAGCACCAGAAAUUGAAAAGGAAGUAAAGCGACUUCUUAGGGCAGAUAAUGAGGCUGUUAGUUUUACUUGGGAAGUGAUUAAUGAAGAAGAUGAUAAUAAUGAAAAAUCUGAAAUUCAACCACCUGCAAAACCUGAAAAAGCUAAAGCAAAGAAAGAACAUAACAUUAAACCAGAAUCUAGCACCACACAUAAAUCUGCAUCUAAGGUAGAAGAUAUAUUUGGUGGAACUUUGAGUGAUAGCGACUUGGAAGAUGAAAAUGUUAAUGUUGAUAUUGAUGAUAGUCACUUAUCAUCUUAUGAUGAUCCCCGUUCAGAUUCAUUUCAAGGCUUGGAUAUCAAAGGUAAUAGAACUGCUACUCAGUUUAGCUCAGACAUGUUUUACUCGGCAGAAGAACUGCAAAGCACAUCAACAUCUUCAAAUUUGAUGGUUUUAAAAAAUACAGAACACUACUCCAUUGAUGAGUUUUUGCAAGGAAAUGUAGAAAAUAAAUUCAGUUUGAAAUUGCAACAGCUCACUACUGAAUUGGAAGAAUUAAAACAAAGACGCCAAAGAACACAAUUUGAAAUUUCUGGAAUGGAAAAUAUGACUCUCAGACAAAGAUUUCAAGAUAUACUACAAAAUUUAAAUAAAGAGAUAAUGAGUAAGGAAUUAGAGUACCAAAAGUUGCAGUCUCUUAAUAAGUAGUUGAAUCUAUUAGAAGUAUUACUGCAUAAUAAUUCAUUAGCGUGUGUAUGUAUAUUAAUGGACUAUAAUAAACUACUCCUUCACUUCUUUUUUUUUCAAUUUAAGUUUCUAUUGAGCCCAAUACUUUGAUACAAGACAGCAUUUUAUUGGUUGUAUAAUGUCUGCUCAGAACAAAAAUAGCAAAUAAAGCAUCCAUCCUUGCACACUUAACUUGGCAGUGGAUACUUCUAUUGUUAUGCUUGAUGAGU